AUGGUAACCUCUAUAACGAUGAUGGAAGCAGACGUGCCUUCAUACGAACGAUAUCGCCGUAUAUCUAUUGUAAAUCCGUCGGUCAAACCAGCAAAAAUACGAGACACACAACAUUCGUCAACUGCCAUGGACAUGUUUCCACCAAAGACCGUCGGAAAUAGACGACGAGUCGUAUCUGCCCACUCGAGACUAUUCAGACAUUCCACCGCAGUAAUACAUCCAUCCGAGACACCACUAUCGCCGAUAUCACCAGUAUCAGACAACACGACCAUGGAAGACAUCCCUGACCUCAUAUCGCAUACGCCCGAGAUGAAGACACGGCCGGUAUAUGCUGUAUCGUCAAAUGGACUGGAGAUUGGUCCGUAUAGGAUUGAACGCAAGCUCGGCGUUGGUAGCUUCUCGGAAGUGAAGUUGGCGACGGAUACAAGAACAGGUCAACCAGUCGCACUCAAGAUGAUGAGUAAACAGAUGCUACGAGAGUCGGAAAGGUUGCAGAUAUGUGUGCAGAGAGAGAUUGAGAUUACUGAGGCCGUGCGACAUCCAAACAUAGUAGGAUUUAUAGAAGCUUUUGAAACAUCAAGUCAUCUGGUGCUAGUUUUGGAGUACAUAUCAGGCUAUGGUGAACUAUACGAUUAUAUCGUUGAUGGAAAGUGUAGUGUAGCAAGAGCUAGAGAUCUCUUUUACGAGUUAGCAUCUGCUGUCGCCUAUCUGCAUUCAAAAAACAUCUGCCACCGAGACAUCAAACUCGAAAACGUCUUGGUCGACUCUUCACAUCACGUCCACAUAUGUGACUUUGGUCUCGCUCGAACCUUCACUCCAGGAGAAGUCUUCAAGACACGAUGCGGGUCAGAAGACUAUGCAUGUCCAGAAAUCAUACUGGGAUGCGUCGGAUACAAUCCUAUAAAUUCAGACUCAUGGGCUCUCGGUGUUAUAUUAUUUGCCAUGCUUGUUGGCGAGCUGCCAUUCCAGCCUGGUCCGGGAGGAGCUGUGAAGCCCAUGUAUCAUAAGAUUGCUAGGGGCGAUUACAGGUGGCCUAGUAAUAUUGAUGUGCCGGAGGAUGCAAAGGAUGUUGUGAGGGCUCUGUUACAGCCCAAUCCUUCGAGGAGGAUGACUGCAUUGGAGGCUUUGAACUCGCCCUGGUUGUCGAGAGGUGACAACAAGGCUGGUGUCUGUGGGAAUGAGCAUCAUGAUGGUAGUGGUAGCAUAAAUAAGUGUCAUGGGUCAUCAACAGCAGCUGCAGCAGAACCGGAUGUGAUGCGAGGUUUGGGACUUGACUUUAUGAAUGGUCCUAGUCCAGCAACGUAUAGUUAG